UUUUUUUGAUUGGUAAGAAUUGCCAGGUGACGUUUCAUGAAAUAUAUAAACAAGAAAGACAGAGGGAGCCCAAUAAACAGAGCAACCUGUCAGUCGGGAGAGAAAAGGGAAAGAGAUUACUAAUCAACAGCAAGAGAUGGCACUUGGAAUCCCAUGGUACAUUCUGCUCAAUGCCAUGGUAUCACUGAGUAAAGAGGCAGCUGUCACUGUAUCCACACCAAUUACAAGCCAGCCAAGUAACUGGACAGUUAACAAAACAGAAGCUGAAUAUACUGAGGGCCCCAUAGCCCUGAAGUUCUCUCACACUUGCCUUGCAGAUCAUCAUAGCUACUGCAUCAAUGGGAUCUGUGUGUUUCACCAUGAGCUCAAGAAAGCCACCUGCAGAUGCACUACAGGUUAUACUGGAGAAAGGUGCGAGCACUUAACAUUAAAUUCCUAUGCUGUGGACUCUUAUGAAAAAUAUAUUGCAGUUGGAAUUGGUGUCGGAUUGCUGUUAAGUCUCUUCCUUGCUAUUAUCUACUGCUAUAUCAAAAAGAGGUACAUGAAACUGAAACCUCCUUACAAAGUCUGCUCUGGAGAGAGGAGGCCACUGUGAGAAGUAAGCAAAAAUCCACCAGUCAAAAUAGACGAGGACAAGAACAGACCUGAAAUUUCCAAGGGAAUACAGAAAAAUAUCAUGGUCUGGCUGAAUAAUAACAAAAAGAAGAGGAACAGAUCAAACUCUGGACAUCCUAACCUAGACUCUGAGUUCCCAUGGAAUGAAAAAAUGGACACGUCAUUUUGGCAAGACUCGACAAUGCCAACAAAGUCUAUUAUGGGAGUUUUGGAUGCAAGAGACACUGGCCCACCCUGGGUCUUUUUUUUUUUUUACUGGUUUUGUUCUCCAUACAGGAGCAUUUAGUGUUUGCACUCUGGUAUGUCAAAUGCAGAUUACUGCAGUCAUUCGCAAGAGUCAAUCUCAAUUCAAAAUAAGAAACUUUUUUGCUCUAGAGGAGAUGGAUGUUUAAAAUAUAGGUUGGACUACAUGAUCUCUGAAAUCCCUUCUAUCUCUAAGAAUUUGUCAUUAGAAAGUUUCAUGACAUAUGGAUAGAAGAGAAACAUUUUCACAGAAUUCUCUCAUGUGGAAAAAGCCCUGUGCUAGGUCACAGUUUGAAAAGAACUAUCACUAUACUUGCUCCUGGUGCCUGUUAUCGAUGGGCAAGUAGGAAUGGACCCUGUUGGCUUCUUGUCUGUCCACAGUGUGGACCUACUCCCGUUAAAUAAGCUACUUCUAUGACAUCCAAAAUGAAUGUGAUAACUAUUAUUCAUGCAAAACCAGUGUUAUGGAGGCUCCGGUGGAGGUCCAGGCAUGAAUUCAAGGUGCAAAUAUUUUCUAGACAUAAAAGGCCUGUAGGACACAUGAUGGUCAAGUUAGCCAAUCUCUGCAGAGCUUAUGAAGGGAGGUGGAUCCAGUAGAAACUAGAGAGUGUCGAGGCAGUGACCACUGUCUUGGGAUGCUUUCUUCUCCUGAAUGGAUCAUAAAAUAUUAUGCCCCAAACAUCCCAGUCCCCAUGGUUCAUAGUCUUUUCCUGCUAGCACAUGUUUGACCUAGAGAAUGGCCAUCAAGCAGCAAUAAGAAAUUUGUCCAAAGUGAACUUUGGUCAAGAGUUGAUCCAGAAUGAGCAAAGUAAUUUUUUCACCAAUUUAUGACAUAUGGCAUUUUCUUCACCAUUUUUUGACUGUAUUGAAACAUGAAAGAUGUUAAGGUUGGAGAAAGGAUAGUGAAAAAAGCAUUUAUUUGGGAGUUAAGAGAACAGGGCUUUGGUUUCAACCCAACCAUUAACUAACUGGGUAACAUUAAGCAAAUAAUUUUAUAUUUUUGAGCCAUGGUUUUCUCUGUAGACUAUGUGAUAUGGACUAGAGGACCUCUAAUAAUAAGAAUGGGGCAGCUAAGUGACACAGUAGAUAGAAUGUCUGGCCUGGAGUCAGGAAGAUGAGAGUUCAAAUCAGGGUUUAGAUAAUGGCUAGGAGAGCAAAUCACUUGACCCUUUUAACUUCAGUUUUCUCAUCUGUAAAAUGAGCUGGAAAAGGAAAUGGCAAAACUACUCCAAUGUUUCUGCCAACAAAACCCCAAAUGGGAUCAUAAAGAGUCAGACACAAUUGAAAUGACUGAACCGCAACAAUAGCAAAUAGAUGAGAAAAACAAGGGAUAGAAAAGUGACUUGUCCAAAGUCAUCUAGGAAGAAAAUAUCUGAAACCAGGAUUGAAAGGAAAGAAUUGAAGACCAUAACUCCAUGAAUUUAAGUCCAGGGCUCUCUUUUCUUUGCCUAAUGUCUAACUAGCUAGAAAUAGAAUGUGCUACUUUGGUAACGAUUAUAGGAGGGCUUCUAGUAGAGGCUAAAUGACCACUUCCCAAAUGUUGUUUAGGGAAUUUAUAUUUAAGCAAUCAACUGAACUAUAUGACUUGUAGCAUUUCUUCUAGUUUCUAGUCUAUUGUUUCAAAAAUCCAGUGCAUAUGAAUGAGAAAAGAGAAAUUUCUACACAAUUCUCUUUCCAGACCAAUGAUUUCCCUCUUUGGAGCAUCAUUUUGUGGUGUGUGUGUGUGUGUGUGUGUGUGUGUGUGUGCGCGUGCAUGCAUGCAUGCUUCUGUGUGUAACAGUAAAAAUCUAAGAGCUUAAUUACUUUUGAAAGAUGGAAGAGAGUUAUUUAGGUUUAACAUAUGGAAGAGAUUUUAGGAGAAUUCAGCUAUAUGUGGACAUUGUACCAGGUUUCACGAGGGUUUCAAGUACGAGGCUGAGCUGUUGAACCUCCAUUUUUGACCUUUGGGAGCUAGAUCACUAAUCAGAAAUCAUGUGUGUAGCUUAAAAAGAUGAUAUUCUUGAAAGCAAAAAGACUUUGCUCUAAUUUAUUUUCUCUAAUUCAUAUGACAAAAAUGGAAAUAUUUAUUUAUUAAAUUAUUAAAAACUAUUCUACAAAUAAGAUUAAUCAAAAGCUUAUUGCAACUUACUAUCCUUCCCUGGUAGGAUUGGCAAUUAUGCUUUCACUUCAAAGCAAUUCCUCAUUAUUCACACUUGAAUCAGACUUUCUCACACUUCAGCUUUCCCUUGAAUAGAAAAUACUUGACUUCUUUGUUGAUCUUUUUUUUUUUUUGAAGACUCUGUGGGUUAAGCCAACUCAUAGUACCUUGGCACUUUUGGUGUUUUCAUUCAGGAUAUAAUACUUGCAUCAUACCAAGAGUGGGGAGAUGAAGGUCAGUCCUUCCCUCCCCAGUGACUCCAGGAGGCCACACCUAGAAUGCUAAGUGUGCUCUUUCUAGCCAUUUCUGAAAGCUCCAAAUGAACUGGAGGGAAUCCAGGAAGAAUAACAAAGCAUGAUCAAGGAAAUGCAGGGCCAGACUUAUGAUGAAAGAGAAAAGGAAUUAAUAGUCUAGUGUGAAGAACUGGACAGCUUAGUAGACAGAAAGUUGGCUCUGUGGUCAAUAAGACUUGAAUUCAAAACCUGCCUUUGACAUUUCCUAGUUGUGUGACUCUGAGCAAGACACUUAACAUCUGUUUGCCUUAACCCACUAGAAAUGGAAAUUGAAAAUCAUUUUAGUAUCUUUGCCAAGAAAACCUGAUGGACAGUAUUGUCUAUGAGGUCAUGAAGAGUUGGACAUAACUGAACAACAAAAAGUGAAGAAGUGAUAUCCUGAGAUGGAGAAUUUCUAAAUAUCUGCAAAAUGUAAGCACUAGUAAGAAAUGAAUUUGCUUGGCAUGGCACAUUACUCAUUUGAAAUUGGUUAAAACUAAGAAAAAGAAUUAGGGGUGUGUGUAUAUGUAUAUUUUUUGGGGAAAGCAGUAGAAUAGAACCAAUAUAAAACCUGGCACACUUAAUGAAUGCUACUUGAAAUUUAAAUUACUUUAGACUGUGGAAUAGUUUUCCAGGGCAUCUUUUAGUUACAGUUAAUAUCACAAAAAAUACUUUAUAUACAUUUUCUCUUUUAAUCUUCACAACAAACUCACAAGAGUUUAAGGAUUAUAAAGCUUUAUAAGGAUUAUAUUACUUUAAGGAUUAUAAAGCCCAUUUUCAAAUGAGUAAACUGAGGUUCAGAGAGGUUAAGAUUUGCCCAUGGCCACACAAAUGUUAAAGAGAGAGAGGAUUUGAACACAGGUUCUACUGACUCUACCUCAAAUAUUCUUUCCAUUAUACCAACAGUUAUUAAAUUUUUUGGUCUCUGAAUCUCUUUACACUUUCAAAAAUUACUGAAGGUGUCCGCUUACCCACUCCCCCCAAGAACUUUUAUUUAUUUGGUUAUAUCCUUUGAUUUUUUUUCAAAUUAUAAAUUAAAUCAUCUUGGCAUCAUUAUGAAAAGUUUUAACUCCAUGGGCUCCCUGAAAAGGUCUCAAGGAUCCUCAGGAUUAAACUUUGAAAGGAAAUGAUUACACCAUGCAGAUCCACCCACUUAAAUUGCAUCAAAUUCUAGACUCCUUCUAAUUCCUUAUUCAUAUUAAGUUCUGUUAAUUGGUUUUCAGGUAAGAAUAUUUUAUUUCAAUGUGCUGUAUUAGAGUAAUAAUAUUCUUGUACAUAGACCAACUUGCCACUGCUCAAUCAAUCAAUCUAUAAUCACUUUAUUCAGAACUUCAUAUGUGCUAGAUGAUAGAAGCAGCUCCUUGUCUCAAGAAUCUGACAUUAUGUAAAUGUCCCCAGGGUUGCCUGGGUGAAACAAACAUCUAAAAUGAGAGAAGCCAUGUCUGCAAUGGCUACUUUGGCUAAAAUGUCAACUUUUACAGAGGUCCAGAAGCAAGCCUUUAACAACAACAACAUCAAAGACCAUUUCAAUCAAAGAAGCAUGACAAAGAUUCUCAAGUUUAUGUUUGUUCCCUAAUCAUCUUUCUUUUAUUCACUUUACAAAGGAAAAAAUGCUGAGUGUCGAUUCGGUUUAUUUGUUCAUUGUUUAUUCAUCAAUUGGUAUUAUCUAUAUUUGCAUAUCUGUCAUGAUUGAACCACCAACAGCACCACAAAUCUAGAUUUACUCUGGGAAGGAGGGGAAAGAAAUUCUAUGAGAUCAUAUUGAUUAAAAAUGAAAUUGAUGGAGAGGCCAUUGAUUCUUUGAAUUCCCUUCAUCUUUCUGUUCU